AUGAAAGAUUCAAUUUUUGAUGAAAGAGAAGAGUUAAUGGUUUCACCAUUAGGUGGAAUCCCACAACUAAGAAAAGCCCAUUUCUUGAAAUCCAUUGUUUCUUCCUUUGAAGGUCCAAAUUUGAAGCUUCCUUCACUACCCUUUUCAUCUGAAUCUGAAUGGCCAUUGAAAGUUUCCUUCAAUGGUGUUAGGCAUCAGCAGAUCAAAUGGAAGAAAUGGGUUGAAACAUGGAGUCUGUCCAUCAUUCCGUGUGGAAAGCUGCUGGUAUUUAUGAUGCUAUUAUGGGGUCUUUGUGUAAAGUCCAUAUAUGAUGAUUUUGGGAGGGUUACGUUCUCUGUCUUGGGUGGCCCUGUAUUAUUCUCUCUUCAAUCCCCGGAGUUGGUAGAAAUUGAAGAAAAUCUUGAAAAGGUGCAAAGGGACCUUGUCCGAUUGAAGGCUGAUAAUCAUAAUAGGUGGUUGAAUCUUUUCAUUGACAGUGGAAGGGAUUUUGAGCAUGAAGCUUUUCUUGCUCUUUGGUUAUCGAGAUUUGUGUUUCCGGGUAAUGAGUAUGAUAAAAUAGGUAGACAUGUUUUCCCUAUAGCUGUUAAUCUUGCUAGAGGUACACGACUAGCGUUUGCUCCAGCUGUUCUUGCUAGCAUUUAUAGGGACUUGAGCUUGUUGAAACAGACUAUGAUAAUGGCUUCAUCAAAUGAGCCAAGUAGUAAUGGAGAGGAUGGAUACGGAUUUAACAUUCUAGAAUUUAGUCUUUGGGCACCAUUGUUUUUUGUUCAAGUUUGGGCCUGGGAGAGGUUGGUAACUUUGCGGCCGGAAUAG